AUCAAAGAAACUGAAAGUAAAUUCCCAUUCCUGAUACAGCUCCUCAAAAAGAAGGUAAAAACGAUGGCUGGGAAAAUGAAAUUCAUUGAAGAACAAUUUAAGAAAAAUCUUAAAAAAAGACAACUGAAGCAAACAAGCAUUGAUAAAUGUGAUGUCGUGAUGCAUUUCUGCCCCAUUGUUUCUCGUGCUGGAACAGACAUAAGUGCUGCACUGAGUCAACUUUAUAAUGUUGUCCAACUAGUCAUCCUGGUGGUGCUCCAUCAAACAUUUGACCCAGAUAAAACUAUACCAGACAGCAACGCUGCUGUAUACAGAGAGAACACAUUUGCAGUGGACUGUCUGUUCUCUGAGGAUACAGGAUUACUGCAAUGUCAGACGAAUGAAGAUGCAUUCGAAAGAAUAGCAAAAUACCUAAAACCCCUGCUCCUUAACAAGCAGGCACAGAAGAUGGGCGGUGUGCACGGGAAAACGACAUCAAUUGAAGCAGAAUUCAAGGAAAGACUUAAUAAUAGAGGUUUGACGCAAACAACCAUUGAUGAAUGUGGUGCCCUACUGGUUUUCUGCCCCAUUGUUUCUCGUGCUGGAACAGACAUAAGUGCUGCACUGAGUCAACUUAAUAAUGACAAACAUGUCAUUUUGGUGGUGCUCCAUCACACGUUCGACCCAGAUAAAUAUAUACCAGACAGCAACGCUGCUGUAGACAGGAAGAAAACAUUCGUAGUGGACUGUCUGUUCAAUGAGGAUACAGGAUUACUGCAAUGUCAGAGGAAUGAAGAUGCACUUAGUGAAAUUGCAAAAUACCUAGGCAUUGAUGACAAUACAAGGAAAACGAAUAAAGUAAUGUUUGGUUUGGUUCUGGGUGGUUCUUUUGUUGUUGCUGCUGGUGUUGUUGGUUUUGUACUGUAUUGGUAUUUUUAUUGAGGUAAAAAGCUGGGAGACAUUGAUCAUGAUGACUUGUCCUAUUGAAAGGAUUAUCUGUAACAUAGCUGCAUGGGUCACUCAGUAGAACUGAACUUGUCAAACAUAUAAUUAAUGAAAAAUGCUGAUCAAGAAUAUCAACUUAUUAACUUUUCCAAAUUCAUCUGUAUGCUUUUAACCAUUAGAAUGAUUUGACCUGAAAUAAUGCUGUAGUUUGCUAUGCAAUGUUAGAGUCAAAUUACUGCUGCAUGUAAGAUUUAAACAGAGCAAACAAUAAAUCAUUGAAAAGGUGUCACUUCUGCAAUUAAAACUACAAACAAUU